AUGGACUGCAAUGGAAGUACUCAACACAAGACUUACGUCUCCGCUAUUACUCUGGAGCUUAAACCAUCAACUGGAUCACACACUUCACAAAGUAGGAUGAAUGGGACAGAGAACAAGAUGCCAACAAGCCCAACACUGAAAGACAAGAAGGCAGAUGUGGACACAUGUAAAGGCUCUUUGGUCAAGUUCCUGGAUCCUCCGGAAAAGGUGCAGGUGCGUGUUGGGGAGACGGCACGACUCCACUGUUCCUUUAUUAGCUCGGGACCUACAGCAUCCUGCUGGAUCCACAACAGAAAGAAGGUUGUGGUGGAUGGAGAGCGCACUUGUAUAGAAAACAACAGCAGCAGCAGUAUAUUGAUCAUCUCUGAGGUGCUUCCAGUGGAUGCUGGAAGCUACACAAUCUUUGUGCGAAAUCGACGAGGCACCAAUCAGCACACAAUCAUUCUCGGCAUCUUGGAUCGACCUGAGCGACCAGCUUCUUGUCCGUUCGUGUCUCAGCUGACUCCUGAUUCUUUAGUCCUGUCCUGGUACGGUCCUACUUACGAUGGUGGUUCACAGGUCACAGACUAUGUGGUAGAAAUGCAGAGCCUGGAAACGUCUAAUUCAGGGGACUGGAGUGUACUCACUUCUCAGUGUAAGGACACAACGUAUCGGGUGUGCUCAGGCCUUCACCCACAGGGGGAGUACCGCUUCCGUGUACGAGCCUGCAACGCCAUGGGGGUUAGCGAACCCAGUGAGGAGACUCACAGCAUCAGAAUGGAAACAGCAGGGGAGCCACAAGAAGAGUCCUUGCCAUGUGCAGAUGUGGUCACUGACACUACACACAAGGUCAAAGAUCUCUACAACAUCCAUGAAAAAUUAGGAGUAGGCAAGUUUGGGCAGGUGUUUCGACUGACCCAUAAAGAGACCGGACGUGUAUGUGCUGGAAAGUUCUACCGAGCAAUCGGAUCUAAAGAGAAAGAUGCUGCUCGAAAAGAGAUUGAGCUUAUGAGGGAGCUGCACCAUCCUAAACUUGUUCAGUGUCUGGGUGCCUUCGACAGUCGCUCUGAGAUCGCCUUGAUUAUGGAGUACAUUGCUGGCGGUGAGCUGUUUCAGCGCAUUGUGGAUGACAAUUUUGAACACACAGAACCAAACAGCGUGAAUUACAUGCAGCAGAUUCUAGAGGGCAUCCAGUACCUUCAUCACAAAAACAUCAUCCAUCUUGACCUGAAACCAGAGAACAUAGUGUGCCUCAACACAACAUCGACACUUAUUAAGAUUAUUGACUUCGGCCUGGCUAAAAAAAUAGAGCCAGGAAAGCCUUUAAUGGUGAUGCAUGGUACACCAGAGUUUGUUGCCCCAGAAGUGAUCAGCUUCGAUCCAGUGACUCUAGCAACCGAUAUGUGGAGCAUCGGGGUGAUCUGCUACAUCCUACUGAGUGGCGAGUCGCCGUUUCAGGGAAGCAACGAUGCUGAGACUUUGGCCCUCGUCACUGCUGCGUCUUGGGAGUUUGAUCCAGAGUUUGACGACAUUACUGAUGAGGCCAAAGACUUUAUCUCCAAACUGCUAAAAAAGGAAAAAAGAUCCAGGAUGUCAUGUGAUCAGGCUUUAGCUCACCCAUGGAUGGCUUCAACCUCUCCACGAGUCACCAAAACCCUAAACAAGGACAAGAUGCGCCGGUUUCUGGCCAGGCAAAGGUGGCAGAAAACUGGUAAAGCUGUUCUGGCACUGAAGAGGAUGACCCAUCUCUCACAUAAAUCAGAUGGCUUGGACUCUCCUGCCAGCCACAUGAAAGGUAACACAAACACACACACACGAUGGGGAAAAGAGGCUGAACAAGCCGUGUUGUCUCUGGAGCAGCAGCUGAGGAGCAAGCCAAAUUUUCCAAAAGCCCUUCAUGAGCUGACUGAGCCGUGUGGUGCUACGGUGCACAUGGCAUGCACUGUAGAAGGUUACCCCGACCCAGAAGUGGUAUGGAUGCUUGGUAACGAGCCCCUGGAGAAAAACAAUCGUGUGCAGAUUGAAUACAAACAGGAUGGACUGUGCACGCUCACCCUUGCUCAGGUUCAACCGGAAGAUUCUGGAAUAUACGAGUGCCGAGCCUCCAACCAACUGGGCCAGGCAUCGUGUACGGCCAGGCUCACUGUGGCCAUAUAGAUGCAGAGGAUUUGGUCCGCAAAAUGUAUGUGUAAACAAAUAAUUUAUACUUCGUUAUAGUCACGAAUCAAAAACGACCAAAAAAGGCACUUUAAUGCACGGUUGUUUCUAAGUGGUAUUUUACAUUAAUUACAAUACGGUUUUCCCUUUAUUGCAUGUAAUGUUAUUAACUAAUCAUGGAUGAUAAGCUAGAAAUGACAUGUUUUAUAUGUAUUUAACCUUUAUUUACCAUACGAAUAUGUACCUAUAGCAGUGUAAAAUAAA